UACGAGACACAUCAAAUAUAUUUUCUAGGAAAAUAUUUGCUUAGCAUUAAGUCUAAGCUAGAAGGCACAUCCCGUCACCCAUCAGUGUGCACGCGGGGAAUAAUUUGUUGGCGAACUUUCAACAAGAUCAAGCUAGACAAAAUGACUGUGCCAAAUGAUAAUGAUCCGCGCUAUGCGCCAUUGUACGAGAUUCUUGCUGGCUUGCCCGCACGCGUCGAGGUCAACGCUGAGAGCGUUGGCUUGGGCUACCUGAACAUUUUGCCAUAUUUUGGCGAAAUGAUUCAAAUUUGCUUGGUCAGCAAGGGCGGCAACAAGGGCAAGCUUGUGGGGAAACUGGAGAUGCUGACACCCAACGGAGACGUUAUUCUGACCCAAUGCUGCAAGUUGCUCUGCUACUAUACGUCCACUGAGCGUAAGCUCCCCGUGGGCAUCGUCAAGGUUCCAGGUGCGCACAUUAAGACCGUCUACUGGAAGGCUUCAACUAAGCCGCAGCCAUCGGCUGGCUCGCCGCAGAGCCAGUAA